GUUGUUGCUCGUGUCCAAUCAACGCCCGGUUAUUGGAUUCAAAUCAAGACCCCUGGGGGGAAGGGAACUCCUAGCAGUUACUUGUAGUUUCCGUCGCUGCUUCUGUUUCCCUGGUGUCUUCCUCGGUGCCUCUGCUUUUCGCCGGCGUAGCUCUUCGGGACUCUGCGCUGCCGUCAGCAUGGCCCACAAGCAAAUCUACUACUCGGACAAGUAUUUUGAUGAGCACUACGAGUACCGGCAUGUUAUGUUACCUAGAGAACUUUCCAAACAAGUACCAAAAACCCAUCUGAUGUCUGAAGAAGAGUGGAGGAGACUAGGUGUCCAGCAGAGUCUUGGAUGGGUUCAUUAUAUGAUUCAUGAGCCAGAACCACAUAUUCUGCUCUUUAGAAGACCUCUUCCAAAAGAACAACAAAAAUGAAGUUUAUUUGGGGUUUUUGCUUAUAUUUUUUUUUCAAACUAUGUAUAUGUGUAUAUAUGGUAGUAUUCAGUGAAUACUUGAAAAAAUGUACAAAUCAUUCAUCCAUACCUGUGCAUGAGCUGUAUUCUUCACAGCAACAAAGCUCAGUUAAAUGCCACUGCAAGUAGGCUGCUUUACAGAUGUUUAAGAUACAGUUUUUCUCUAGUCAAUUUUCUCUUUAAUAUAAGUGCCUAUUUGACUUCUCCUUGAAUUACAUUUGUUUAAUAAAGUUCUUAUGUUACAUGUA